AUGGGCACACCGCAGAAGGAUGUUAUCAUCAAGUCAGAUGCACCUGACACGCUGCUGUUAGAGAAGCAUGCAGACUAUAUCGCAUCCUAUAGCUCCAAGAAAGAUGAUUAUGAAUACUGUAUGUCUGAAUAUUUGAGAAUGAGUGGGAUCUAUUGGGGUCUGACUGUAAUGGAUCUGAUGGGACAACUACAUCGGAUGAAUAGAGAAGAAAUUCUGACCUUCAUUAAGUCAUGUCAACAUGAGUGUGGUGGAAUAAGUGCUAGUAUUAGACAUGACCCCCAUCUUUUGUACACUCUACGUGCUGCCCAGAUUCUUACUCUGUAUGAUAGUAUUGUUAUUGAUGUAAAUAAAGUUGUGGAAUAUGUUCAGAGUCUACAGAAAGAAGAUGGUUCUUUUGCUGGAGAUAUAUGGGGAGAAAUAGAUACAAGAUUCUCUUUUUGUGCGGUGGCAACCUUGGCUCUGUUGGGGAAGCUAGACGCUAUUAAUGUGGAAAAGGCAAUUGAAUUUGUUUUAUCGUGUAUGAACUUUGAUGGUGGAUUUGGUUGCAGGCCAGGUUCUGAAUCCCAUGCUGGGCAGAUCUAUUGUUGCACAGGAUUUCUGGCUAUUACUAGCCAGUUGCAUCAAGUAAAUUCUGAUUUACUCGGUUGGUGGCUUUGUGAACGACAGUUACCAUCAGGUGGACUCAAUGGAAGGUCCGAGAAGUUACCAGAUGUCUGCUAUUCGUGGUGGGUGUUGGCUUCCCUAAAGAUAAUUGGAAGGCUUCAUUGGAUUGAGAAACUGCGAAGUUUCAUUUUAGCAUGUCAAGAUGAAGAAACAGGAGGAUUAGCAGACCGACCAGGAGACAUGGUAGAUCCUUUUCAUACUUUAUUUGGAAUUGCUGGAUUGUCACUUUUGGGAGAAGAACAGAUUAAACCUGUUAGUCCUGUUUUUUGCAUACCUGAAGAAGUGCUUCAGAGAGUCAAUGUUCAGCCUGAACUAGUGAGCUAGA